AUGUCAGCUGGCUUUUAUAAAGGAAUAUCUUCAGAACAGGAUACUCGUUUUACAAAUGCAGAGAAAAAACUUUUAAGGAAUACAAAAUUUCCUGAUGAAUUCUCUGUUAAGGUAGAUAUGGAUAAGGUCAAUUUGUCUGUUAUGAAGCCUUGGAUUACUCAGAAGGUUAUUGAUUUGUUAGGGUUUGAAGAUGACGUAGUCAUUAAUUUUGCAUUUCAAAUGAUUGAAUCUACACGUUUUCCUGAUCCAAAACGAAUCCAAAUAAAUUUAACUGGUUUUUUAGAAAAAAAAGCAUCUCUUUUUACUAAAGAAUUAUGGGCUCUUUUGCAAUCAGCUCAACAAAGUACUGGCGGCAUACCAGCUAAAUUUGUUGAAGAAAAGAAAGCAGAGCUUCAAGCUAAAAAGUUGGAAGAGAAGCGCAUAUCUGAAGAAAUGAAAAAACAAAAGGAAAAUGAUCAAGAAAAUGAUGAGAGAAUAAAUGCUAUUAGGGAAAGAGAAAAACAAUCUAGAGAACAUGCUCAUAGUAGAAACGAAUAUCGUUCUCAUCGUAAAGAUAUAAAUGAACGACGUAGUCAGAAAAAUUACCGUUCUAGAUCACGAGAUAGCAGAACAUAUAAUCAUCGUAGACACAGUUAUAGGGUCAGUAGGUCUUCUUCUCGAGAUAGACACUUAUACGAUGAUCGGUAUUAUAAAGAAAACAGAUCACGUUCGCGGAAUAGAGGCUCAUAUGACAGAAAACAUAGAAAGGACAGAGAUAUUUCUCGAAAUAGAGAGUCUAUUGAUAGUCGGGGACGUAGUCGUAAAAGAGAUAGGUCACAUUCUCAUGAUAGAUAUCAACGUAGUCAAAAACAUCAAAAAGAUCAUUUAUCUCAUAGCUCGCAAGUCCGAUGUAAGCGUAAAAGCUACAGCAAUUAUUCUUUUAAAGCAUCUGCAUCAAGGUCCAGUGAAGAUAGUUGUUAUAGAAGUACUUCAUCUUCUAAUCAUAAUCAUCGAAAAUACUCUUCGCCUGAAACAUAUUCAUCAAAACGGUCUUCGUCAUAUGAUGAAGAAUCUUCUAAAAAACAAACACUGGAUUAUAAAGAAGAGCGUUUACAUCAUCGGCGUUCACAUUCAUAUAAAAAUGAUUAUCUUUCAAAUUCAAAAUCAGAUAAACCUUCAAAUAAUGUUAAAGAUGAUCAUAAUGAAAAAGAUCGUUCAGAUUUAACUGAAAAAUCUGUUGAAUCGAAUUCCAAAUGA